UUUUUAUAAUUAUUAUAUAAUUUUUUUUAGCUCAAAGUUGGUACACUCUUGCUGAAAAGAAACGACAGUUCUGAAUGGAUGUAUUUAGAUGAAGCUUUUAUAGAUCAGAUGUUGCUAGCAAGCUAACAUGCUGGGAAGUGCUUCUAGCUAGCAGGUUAGCUGCAUCUUUUCAUCAUUUGGGUUCAUCUAGUUAUUAUCGGAGUCCUUUUUUGAUUAAGCAGCUAAUACAGCGCAUCACACGGAGAAAUAAAGAUGAAUUAUUCGGAUUACGACUCGGAUGGUUAUUCUUCAAAUGAAGAUGAAGACUACGUCCCUUCUGAUGAUAACCUGAGCGAGGAUGACAUGAAUGAAUGUGUAAAGGAGGAUGCACUGGAAGGGGAGGAUCACAUCGCACAGCAGUCAAAGCAAGUAAAGAAGAUGAAGAAGAAAUCUAAAGCAAACAUCCCCAUGAGGAAAAGGAAAAAAGGAGGACUCAAACUAGAAGAAAAUGAUGAAGGUGGUUCAGCAGACCAACAGAAAGGUGAAGAUAACGCAGAAGAGGAUCAUUUCAGUCACGUUCAGUCUCAAGAGGACAUUGCAGAGAAACAUAAGAAGAAAGCAGAUGAUCUUUGGGCUAGUUUUUUGAGUGAUGUUGGCCCUCGACCCAAAGCAGCACCUCCAUGUGUGGACUCUCAGCAGUUCACAUCUACGACUGAUACAGAUAAGACCAGUAAACCCUCGACAGCAUCUCAGCAGCAGGAGGACAAACCAAAAGAAUCCUCCAAAAUCACAAUCACCAAGGUGUUUGACUUUGCAGGAGAAGAGGUUCGGGUCACCAAAGAGGUGGACGCAGACUCACGAGAGGCCAAGAGUUUUCUGAAGAAGGAGGAUAAGGUCCUAAAGGAGAAAGAAGAGUCCUCUGGGCCACAGCCAUCCGUAUCGCUCUCCUCUGGAUCCAGUGUGAAGAGGCCAGCGGGCAUGGGGAGCAUCCUGAAUCGCAUUGGGGCCAAAAAGCAGAAGAUGAGCACUUUGGAGAAGUCCAAGAUGGACUGGAAUGCCUUUAAAACAGAGGAGGGCAUUGCAGAUGAGCUGGCAAUCCAUAAUCGAGGCAAAGAAGGGACACAAUGGGAAACAGCAACAAAAGCAAUGAAAGAAUGCUUCAGAAAAGCAUCACUGAAGAUGCAGUGUAUAACGGUUGCAAAAAGAUGGACACAAGGAACAGACACAAGGAACAGAGCAAGACCCAGGCCCAGUUUUUGUGUCACUAUCAUUCUUGCCAAGGGCUUGUUUACAAGUGCUUUAUUUCUUCCACCAUUAUCUCAGUGUCCUCCUUGUCUCUGUGUCUGUAGGUACGUGGAGCGAAAGAACUUCCUAGAGCGAGUGGACCAGCGGCAGUUUGAGUUGGAGAAGAGUGUGCGUCUGAGCAACAUGAAACGGUGACAAGAGGAGAGAGCAGACAUAUUCACUGAUCAAAACACAGACUGUCCCAUAUACACACCCUGCAUGCACUCUCGGUUUUCAUUGUCACAUAGAUCCCUGACCUGUAGCUCCCCAAAAGAAAAACUGGACUGCCUUCACAAUCUAAUGUACAGCUGCCAUAUUGUCUUUUCCUUCUUCCGCUCUUACUUUGUCCAAUACUGCAUGUCCACUUUUAUGAGGGCUUUUUUAACAUGAAAGGAUUUCUUAUCGCACAGGUUUGAAUCCUUCCCCUUUUCAAAACUAUAAUAAUCUGUGAGAUAUUUUUCGGACAAUGAAAGUCAUGUAGUUGCAGAGUUAUCAUUUUGAAAAAAUGUGAGUGCUACUUGACUGUAUAUAAGGUGUUUUGAGUGUUUUUUUAGUGCAUUGCUAAGCUGUUGCGGGGGCGUUAUGGGUGAUAGCUCAACCCCAAAAGUGCAUGCCAUAAUCUUUAUGAUAUUUUCAUCUCUGGAUAUGGCUCUGUGUUAUUUUUAUUUUUUUAAUUCGUUUUCUAUUCGAUUUUUCACUCAUUUUAUCAUUCUCCAGCUAAAAUGGUAAGCCAUAUAGCAAAGACAAGUAAUAGCAAGCUUCUCUUGCACGAUUUGAGGCUGUACCACAAAUGGGACAAGUUACAUAAAUUGAUGCAUCACUCUUUUUUGUUUGAAAGAAAUUAAUACAUUUUUUUGUUCAGCAAGGAUGCAUUAAAUUGAUCACAAGCUGCAUUAAAAACAUAUAUAAUCUGAAAAAAGAUUUUUUUUGUAUCUCUAUUCAUCAGUGUAUGGAAAAAAUUCAGCUGUGCCAUCACAGGAAUAAAUUACAUUAGAAUAGAAAAUUGUUAUUUUAAAUAGUAAUAAUAUUUCACAAUAUAACUGUUUUGAGUGCAUUUGUAAUCAAAUAUAUGCAAACUUGGUAAGCAUAAAAGACUUCUUUGACAAAAAAUAACACAAAAUUGAAUUGACCCAAAACUUUUGAAAGAGAGUGUAAAUUAUGAGCAAUAUCAUUAGUUCCAUUAAUGAUUUCAAGCGUUAUUAUAAUGGCUGUGUAAAUCUAUAAUGUAUAUUUCAGACUAAAUUGCAGUACUGUUUGUUUCUGAUGUGUCAAUUCUUAAUUUGUUAUUUUUCCUGAAAAACCAUGCUGGGGCUUUUGAUAGCAUGGGCGGCAACUUGUUCAUCCUUUUACUUGAAGAUAAUGGUCUUGUUUACAUAAUUCAAUCUUCCCUCUCCCUGUGCGUAGGCCUGUGUGGGCACAACAUUUGUUUACUGCCAUUUCCUGCUGCUUGACUUCCAUUUAGAAGGAUGUUCGGCAUGCUCCACGCAUCUCUCCAGAUUUCUGUAAUGGCUGACCCUCACAGCAGUCCCCUGCCUCACUGCUGCAUGGCUUAUUUCCCAAAUGGAGAUGAGUAGCUGUUCUCUGCUCUGAUGUUGUCCUGUGCAAACAUCAGACUCUCCAGGUGGGAAUUUGAAUGAUACUGGCAUAAUUCCCUCACUUAAUCAAUGUUCUCGAAGCUAAGCACUGAGGGCUUUUUGUGUUUUUUUUUUACACCAAUAAACUGGUACAUUCUAAGCCGAAAUAAAUAAAUGUCCCUGCAUGAGCAUACAGAAACAAUCAUAUCACAGAGUACGUCAUUUGCAGAUACUCCAUGCAUAGCUGUACUCUUAAAGAAACCGUUCACCCCAACUGAAAAUUGUCAUUAUUUACUCUGGUCUUUUCAAACUUGUUUAACUUUCUGUCUUCUGUGAAACCAAAAGGGUACAUUUUUAAGUACAUUGUUUCCACUCUUUUCAUUAUAAAGAAUGAAGAUGUGAGCUGCAGAAUUUCCAAAAUGACAAAACGGCAACAUAAAUUUAGUAAAUAAUAAAAUCCUCGUACACCUUGUGCUUCAUGAGAGUAUUCAGAUUCUGAGUGAUCUCUUUUCAGUCAGACCUAUUCAAUUUAUAUUUUGACUGUUAAACAUUUACAUUUAUAAUGCUAUACUUUGCUUUCUUACAUUGGCAUUAAAUUACAUAAAACUG